AUGCUACUAAGGACCUAUGGCCAAGAUUCAUCAGUUUCAGACAAUGUUGUUCUUCCAAUGUACCAGGGCAUCAUGUUUCAUGGUGGCAUAAAUAAUUGUCCGGUUUGUGGUGGCUCUUUGAUGUAUAAUAGCAAAGAGUAUUACUGUAAAGAAGAAUUUAAUGAAUGGUCAAGUUGGACUUAUGCUACUAAGGACUCACCAAGAAAAGAUGAACCCCUGAAAAUCCCUGAAUCUGUUGAGAAAUCUCCAGUCCCUGAAGUCAUAAAGACGCAUGAGGAUCCAAAAAAUCAGCGUAAAAGAGAAUUGAAACUAGCUGAUAAGCCCCCUGCUCAGAUGAUGAUUCCUUAUCCAGUCAUCUCCCACAAUCACACGACUGGUGAACUGGAGCUCAGGCAACUUGGAUUGCAGCAACUCAUAGUAAGCUUGACCCCAUGGAAUUGUCCUGAAUGUAAUCUUUUAAGUGAGGAUCUUCUUCAAUCUUUUCAAUCUCCAUCAGUUUGCAAAAUAUUUUGGAUUGAAGAAUCCGGAUGGAUCUUGAACAAGGGAGAUUUGGGAGCACUCUUAAGGAGUUCUUUUGCUGAAGAUAUUCAGCAUUCAGAGACCAAUGAAGAAAUUAUGGGUGUCCUUUCUUUUGUCUUCUGGACUUUGACUCUGGUUCCUUUAUUGAAGUAUGUUUUUAUAGUUCUUCAAGCUGAUAACAAUGGAGAGGGUAUGGCCCAAUUACCAAAACAGUUAAAAUGA